UUCUGUUUUUGGGGGAGUUUUUUUUUUUCAUACGAUUUUGGGCAAGAGGCGUUUGUUGACAUGAUUAUAAAAUCAGGGAUUUUGUUCUUCUUCUUCUUCUGGGUUUCUCUGUUAGCUUUUAGAAGCUAUUUAGGAUUUGAUGUCGGUGGGAUCUCUGUUUUUAUGUACAUGACCUGUAAUUUGCUAUGAUGUUAGCAUGAGUUUUUCACAAGAUGUGGAUGAUGAGUACGAGAAACUCAUUAGGAGAAUGAAUCCACCGAGGGUUGUGAUUGAUAAUGACUCUUGCAAGAACGCAACUGUGAUAAGGGUGGAUAGUGCAAAUGAAUAUGGGAUUCUUCUUGAAGUUGUGCAAAUCCUCACUGAUCUUAACCUUACUAUAACCAAGGCUUACAUAUCCUCUGAUGGUGGUUGGUUCAUGGAUGUAUUUAAUGUCACUGACCAAGAUGGAAACAAAGUCACAGACGAAGUUGUUCUAGACUAUAUCCAAAAAUCUCUUGGGCCUGAAGCUUGUUUCUCCUCUUCCAUGAGAACUGUUGGUGUCAUACCAUCAACAGACAGCACGGUUAUCGAGUUAACAGGAUGUGACAGACCAGGUUUGCUGUCUGAGCUGACAGCUGUCCUAACCCACCUCAAGUGCAGUGUCCUUAACGCCGAGGUUUGGACACACAACACCAGAGCAGCUGCUGUGAUGCAGGUGACAGAUGACUCAACCGGGUGUGCCAUUUCUGAUCCAGAGAGGUUGUCUCGGAUCAAAAACCUUCUCCGAAAUGUGCUCAAGGGAAGCAACACACCUAGGGAAGCCAAAACCGUUGUGUCUCAAGGAGAGGUUCACACGGAUCGGAGGCUUCAUCAGAUGAUGUUUGAAGAUAGAGAUUAUGAACACCGUGUGGUGGACGAUGAUUCCUCCAUACAAGAUGAAAGGCAAAGACCAGAUGUUUGUGUUGAUAAUUGGCUCGAUAAAGAUUACUCCGUGGUCACUGUUAGAUGUAAAGACAGACCAAAGCUUCUGUUCGACACAGUCUGCACUUUGACUGAUAUGCAGUAUGUUGUGUUCCACGGAAGCGUUGAUACUGAUGGAACAGAGGCGUAUCAGGAGUAUUAUGUGAGACAUAUAGAUGGAUCUCCUGUAAAAUCAGAGGCAGAGAAGCAAAGAGUCAUACAAUGUCUCGAAGCAGCUAUCAAAAGAAGAGUAUCUGAGGGAUUGAAGCUGGAGCUGUGCACAACGGAUAGAGUUGGAUUGUUAUCUAACGUGACUCGCAUAUUCCGUGAAAACAGCUUAACGGUCACAAGAGCUGAAGUGAAAACCAAAGGAGGCAAAGCUCUGAACACAUUCUAUGUCAGCGAUGCUUCUGGUUACUCAAUUGAUGCAAAGACCUUAGAUUCCAUAAGACAAACCAUAGGCCAAACUAUCCUCAAAGUUAAGAACAACCCUGAAGAACAACAACAAAGACAGAAAUCUCCUUCCCAAGAAUCACCGACCAGGUUUCUCUUUGGGGGUCUCUUCAAGUCGAAAUCUUUCGUCAACUUUGGCCUUGUUAGGUCCUACUCUUGAAGAACAUCUUUCACUUAGCUGAGAGCUUCAAUCUCCUCUAGGUUUUAACUGCUUUAAACUUGAGAAGAAUCUGUAAAUUUAUCACCAGAUAUAACCUUAAUUCUUGGUCUAGGAUCCAACGUUGGGUAGAGUAAAAGACAAAGGGUUUUAGUUGAUGUCAUGACUAAGUGUUAAGUGUUAACCUUCUUUUCUUGUAUAUCAAAUUCUCAUAAUUAUCCCCAUUGAACCAUCUUAAUAUUCAGA